GUGGAGAGGACGAGAAGCGCGCCGGACGUUCUUCGCCGCAGGGCCGGCGGGGCUAGGGAGCGGGACCGAGACGGACUGUGCUGGUCAAAUGCAGAAUGCAGGUGCCCGCUUUGACAUUCUCGUCAUCACUUCACACCCACACCCACUCGCCUCCACACUCCUUCAUCCUUGUGCGAAUACGGCUCCAGGAACUUCGUGCUCGCUGCUCUACUGUCCCUCUCCGCUGCCCCCUCGGCUUUACUCGAUCGAGCGAACGACAUCGCCGAACGCCGCGGACCCCACCUUGCUCGCCCCGCAAUCCGAACAGCUCCUCUCCCACCACUCGCCACUCGUUGGUAGUCGGACAAGACCGCCUUCCCUCCAGUAAAAGCAAGGACCGACCAACAUGGCAUCCACGGCAGCUGCAGCUGGUCUGCUCGGCCGUCAGCUCAAGCAGAUGCAAACGGACAAGGAUAUCCCGGGCAUCAGCUGCGGUCUCAUGGACAACAAUGUGUUUGAGUGGGAGGUUAUGCUCAUGAUCAGCGAUGAGUGCAAGUUUUACGGCGGUGGCUUCUUUCGCACGCGCCUCUCUUUUCCGCCGGAAUAUCCGCUUUUGCCCCCAAAGAUGAAGUUUGAAACACCCAUCUUCCACCCUAACAUCUACCCCACCGGUGAGGUCUGUAUUUCUAUCCUCCACCCUCCCGGUGAGGACAAGUACGGCUACGAGUCUGCGUCGGAACGCUGGUCCCCUGUCCAAACGCCCGAAACUAUCCUCCUUUCCGUCAUCUCCAUGCUCUCCUCACCGAACGACGAGAGCCCUGCAAACGUCGAGGCGGGAAGGUUGUGGCGCGAUGACCCGAAGGAGUUCAAGAAGCGCGUCAGGAAAUGCGUCAGAGACAGCUUGGAGGAGGGCAUGUAAAGGGAAGCACCAAGAGCUUCGUUAGGUUUGCAGUUUCGCCAAAAGGCACUCCGCUUUCGAGCCGAGGUGGGAGGCAAUGGCGUAGUGUACAUAGGGAUUACGGUUACAUGCAUGGCUCGGAGUUUUCAGGCAUCAUGACGAGAUAUUUGAGCUUCUUAUUUCAUGAAAAAAUGACAAGCAAAUGGAGGUUUGGGUU